GGGCCACCCAGGAGCUCAGGUGCCGCCACCUGGAACAGGGUAGGUGAGCAGGUCUGUUUCCAGAGGGGCUGCUCCGGCAUCUCAGGGGCCACGGGGGUAGGGGAGAGGUUUCACCGGCAUCCAGCCACCCCCCCAGACCUGCCCAGACUACAGAGCCCUACUGACCCCCAGCCCCACCCCGGGCUCCGACCUCUCGCCUCUGACUCCCGCCCUCGGCUGGCGGCCCAGCCUGCCAGGGAGAGGACGGGAGGCCAGCCAAUCCUGGAAGCGGGCCGUGCCCCUGGCCAGCACGAUCCCGAGCAAGCGUAUAAAUACAGCUGCCAGGAGCCCACGCCCAGAGAACUCACACCCGCCUCAGACAGCGCUCCACACCUGGAGGAGUGCACACACCGGCCACCGGCCCCCCGCGCCCCUGGAGAGGAGCAGCGGCCAGCGAGCGCACAGGCCGGCCUGGCCCGGAGGGGAAGGAGCCAGCGCUGCCGGGGCGCGUGAGCUCGGGGCCUCAGCCGGGCCGUGCCAGCCAAGAGGGUCAUGCCCGGGCCCCGCUGACCCCGGCUACCAGCCCAGAACCAUGUCGUCAGACCUGCAGUUGUGGCACACGGCCAUGCCGCCUGCCGGCAGGAGCAGCCCCCCAGCCACCGCGCCCAGGUCCCCCGGCAGCCCCGGAUCCGAGGAAGCGGCCUCCCCUCUGGAGUGCUCUGUCUGCUUCUCGGGCUACGACAACAUCUUCAAGACACCCAAGGAGCUCUCCUGCACCCAUGUCUUCUGCCUGGAGUGCCUCGCACGGAUGGCAGCCACCCAGCCCGCAGGCCGGCCGGGUGGCGAGGCCGUGCCCUGUCCGCUAUGCCGGCAGCCCACGGCCGUGCCCGCUGCCGGGGCCCCUGCGCUGCACACCAGCCGCCAGCUGCAGGCUCGGAUGCCAGCACACCUGCGGCGGGAGGAGCCCGUGUGGCUGGAGGGCACCAAGCUGUGCUGCCGCCCGCCGCCCUCUGCGCCUGGCCCUGCGGCGCCCGGCUUCGUGUGUGUGGACGUGGGCCCGAGCAAGCCCGCCACGCCCGUGGCGCCCGGGGUGGGCCCUGCCCGCCGUCAGGGCUGCCUGGCCCGCUGCUGGGCGCGCUGCAGGGGCUGGAGGCGCACGGCGCUCGUCGUGGUGCUGCUGCUUGUGCUUUUCUGCGUGGUGCUCUGGCCCGUGCACUGCGCGCUCAGGACCGGGAGCCUGCACUGCCUCCCCCGGCCGGCCCCCGCCGCCGCCACGGCCACCACCACCGUCUCGCUUGGGUCCGUGGCUGACAACUAGGGUUACCACCCCCACCCCCGGGAUCCCAGAGGAGCCCCCUGGGAUCUCUGAGGAACCCAUACCCGGUUCGGCACAGCUGCCCCCCGCUCUCUGGGGCUGGGUCCUAUCGGGUGGACAGAAUGGUCCCCCCGAGCUCCCAGGGAUCACAGAUCCCUAUGGGCCCCAGAGGCCACCCCCCUAACUUCCAUCUUGCAGAUGGGGAGACUGAGGUCCAGGAGAGACAGCUCGGCGAGGCCCCCUCCCCGUACACACUGUGAAUCGCCCGCGAGACCAGCCCCUUGCUGAAAAGGGAGCGGGCUCGCCAUCUUUCUUUGAUUUUCACAUUUCGCCCACGGCUCCUCCCUUCCCCAGGCAGGGCUGGCCCCUUCCCUUGGGUGGCCAGGCGGACAGAGGGCACUAGCAGGGAGCCCAGCCCACCCUCCUGAACUGUACAUUUUUAAAUAAAU